UAAUUCACGUUUUGCCAGAAUUCACCAACAGCCUCACUAACAACCUCAUCAACACCACCGCCAUGGCAUCUUCAGCCCACCAGCCGCCGGUAUCAUCGUCGCCUGAGAAAUUUGAGGAUGUACCCUACGACUCCUCCAGCGAGCAUGACUCUGAGGAGACAAUGGUCAUGCGAGCGUACCGUUCUGGCGGCCGAAGUCGUCGCCGUCAGGGGUCAUGCGCUCGCUUGGGCAAAGUGGUCUUCCUCACGUUGACCGUGACAGCUUUCGUCAUAACGUGGGCCGCAACCAUCUCCAUGGCGUGGAAAGCUGCCACGGAACGAGCCCAGACUACUUGCGCCGUCGCCCCGACGCACCAGUCACAAUCGUUGCAAGGGAGCAGCGGCGGUACAAAGCACACGUAUUCUCCGGCCGAAGGGAACAGCCACGCUCAAAGUUCUCACGAGAUGCCGCAACACGAGCAGGCACACGAAAAGACGCAGCCUGAGGAACACUCGCACCAAAGUUCUAAGCCUGAACAUGACCAUGACCAUGCCUCCCAUGAGCACGAGCACCCCAACUCUGGAGGCGCUCGCCAGCUCCUCCAUGUGCCCGGCUACCGACUCGCUUAUAACUCUAGCUACUGCAACGGUGUCAACGACCCAGAAGGCGCGCGCAGCCGAGGUUGCGUCUUUGACCCUGUCCACGGCGGCUGGGUCCACCGCCUCUGCCACGACGAGGAGCUGUACAACCAGUUCACCACCAAGAACAACUGGGACUGGUAUCUGGACGAGAACCGCACACAACCCAUCGCCCAGGAAGCCGUGUGGCGCGGUGAGGGUGGAGGUCGUACCUAUACCAGGGACGACUUCCAUUUCCGACACUGCGAGUUCAUAAUCAAGUCCCUCUUCAAGAAUGGUGUCGGGAAGGCUAAGCCGCUGGGCUUCAAGGUGCUUGAUGUGGGACACUUGGAUCAUUGCUUGGACAGAUUGAUCAACUCCAACACCUUUGAGAUCAGGAACGCCUACACGGAGGAGGUUGUUUGGACCAAGUCUGCCGAGUGCUACGAAAGAGUUGAGUCGCUGGAAGCAUCCUAAGAGUAGUGGCUGUCACAAAAUAGCUAGUUUGGGAAAGUCAUUAGAAAGUGCAUGCAAUACGAC